AUGCUGCCCACAGCAACGUCGCGCGCCACCCUGGGUGCGCGAGGAUUACCAUCGCAGCAUGUUUCGAGAUCGUCUGCCGCUUUGGCCAGUGGCAUAUCUUCAUCACCCGCCCAGCACAGUCGAUGCUUUUGCCUCGGUGCAAGAGAGGCGAGGGGCCGUCGCCGCAGCCUCCGAUACCGUCACAUGGAGUCCAUCCAUCGGCAGUUGUCGUGGGAAAACCAACCUCGCACCGACGACACGAAGCCCAUCAUAAAGAAACACAUUACUUUAUCCACAGCACCGUUUGCGAAAUUCGGUUCGGGCGACGUUAACGCGAAUGUUGACGAGAUCAAGUCCUGGUCCGAUGACCUGUCGGGUAUUCGCCCUGGCCGAAACAUUGAGGAUGUAGAACGUGAGGCCAUCAAUCACUUAUUCGGCAGUUACCAGCAUGAGAUCUGGAGGUCUCCGCUGAACAGUAUCCGAAAUCUACUCAAAUCUCACCAUACACCAAAGGAGAAUGCAUCGGACAAUGUGACAAAUGGUGACUCUCACAUCGACCCAAUCACGAAUCGUAGAGUAUCCAAUACCACGUCCUUCGACUCGCAAACGACAGCGUCUGCACCGAAAUAUGACGACGCUGACAAGUAUGGCCCAUCGAAGUGGAACGAACCCGAUGGGCUUCAGAAGCCUACUGCCGAGGAGCAGUCCAAGAAAUACAAAGACCUGGGGCAGUAUAAGCCGAUUUUAGGCAGCUCAGAUAGUUUCAAGCCCCCCGCUGCCGAGGAGAAGAUCCAAUGGUAUAACGACUUGGGAAAAUACAACCCUGUGCAGUGGAACGAACCGCAUGGUCUCCAGCAGUCGGCAUCAGAGGAGCAAUCGAAAAAUUACAAUGAUUUGAAUAAAUACGUGCCUGAAUUGGACAGUUCAAUCGCUCCUCGAGGAGUCACCGAGGAACCAUCACAACAAUACGCUGACUUGAAAAACUAUAAGCCAGCCUCUUGGAAUGAGCCUGACGGGCAACAGAAUUUGACCCUUGAAGAGCAAUCCAAAGUGUAUAACGAUCUGGGGUCCUAUGGUGCUGUCAGUUGGAAUGAGCCUGAUGGGCUACCCGACGCAGCACCAGAGGAAAAGUCCAAGCAAUACGAUGACCUCGGGACGUACAAGGCCACUCAGUGGAAUGAACCGGAUGGCUUGCGCAAGCCCACCCCAGAAGAGCUUUCCAAGAACUACGACGACCUUUCUAAAUAUAACGCGGUACAAUGGAGAGAGCCCAAUGGCUUGCCUAAUCCUACCGAAGAAGAGCGCUCUAAGAACUACGCCGAUCUUGGGGAGUACAAGCCUGUACAGUGGAAUGAGCCUGAUGGACUACCUUCCCUAACGCCUGAGGAAGCAUCCAAAUCUUAUGGAGAUGUGGAUAAAUAUGGCCCAGUGGCAUGGAGCGAACCUGAUGGUCUUCGACCGCUGAACCCUGAGGAGAAGUCAAAGAACUAUGAUGACCUACAGAAAUACAGUGCCCCAUUUGUUGCCAAGGCAUCUGUAUUGGAAGAGUUCGAACGAGCCCAGUUGGACACAACGCCCAAGGGCAACCUGCUUCCCCCGAAGGUCGAGGUCAAGUCAGAGGACCCGGCUAAGGAAUACACAGACUUGGCAGCUUAUGGGCCUGCUAGGUGGAAUGAACCCGAUGGUUUGCCAAAUCCGACUCCGGAGGAGCUCUCAAAGAACUACAACGACCUCCAUAUGUACAGGCCAGCUCAAUGGAACGAGCCUGAUGGCCUGCAAUCCCGAACACCCGAGGAGAAAUCAAAGGACUACAAGGAUGUGCACGCUUACAGUGCAAAUUCUGAGGGAGAACUUGAAGAUGUUCCUCAGAGGAUCCACCCGGAGGAGGCUUCUAAGAACUACAAUGACGUGGGGUUGUAUGGUGCUGUACGAUGGAAUGAGCCUGAUGGGCUUGGAAUUCCUACAGCGGAAGAAAGGUCCAAGGCCUACUCUGACCUUCCGAGCUAUGCAGCUCGGGAUGCUCCCGCCGAAGAUGUGGUCGCGCGAAGGCACCCGGAAGAAGCCUCCAAAAACUACAGGGACCUUGAUGGGUAUUCUGAGCAAAUGGAUAGCUCUGCUACACCACAGGUUCAUCCUGAGGAGGCUUCGAAGGCGUACCAAGAUCUCGCAAAGUACCAACCCCAGAAAUUUGACUCUCCAGGCGAGAACCGUCCAAUCCAUCCGGAGGAAGCCUCCGAGGAAUACAAGGACCUAGGCAAGUACUCUGCCUCAUUUGAAGAGGCAGAGACACUGGAACGAACUCACCCUGAGCAGCUGACCAAACAAUACAAGGAUCUGGACAAGUAUGCUCCUAAAUCAUUUGACCCAGCCAACAAGACAUACCCGGUUCACUCUGAGGAAGCCACCAAGGCCUAUAAGGACCUUCAUCUGUACGGUACUGUAUCGCAUAACGAGCCCGAUGGGCUUCCGGGAAAACACCAGGACCCCACCUCCCAGGGACUGGGACCUUAUGACUCCAAGGUACGAGCCGAGCAGGAAAAAACUUUGACAAUGGGUCGACACUGGGGCCAGGCCAACAAGAUGUCAUCGAGCACCCUAGAAGACAGUAUGGACUCUCUGGAUAACUUGACAGCGCAGGACAUUCGCGCUGACGUUCUUCGAAAGGUGCAGGAAAAUAGGCAGAAUGAAACAUUGGAGAGUGCCAAAACAGAGCACGAGUCCUCCUGGGAUGCUACAACGAACCAGGCCAGAGACCAAAUUCACGACGCAAAGACCAAAACAACACAUCGACUGACAGGAAACUAUAUCCAAGACUUCUCGGAAGACUUUGCCCGAUCUUGGAGCACCGAAAAUUCAUCAACCGGGGCAGCACUCUUUCCCAAGGAUCUCUCUGGGGAUGAUGGCAAUCAGAGCAGCUCAGCCAAGCCUUCUUCAGUGGAGCCAGAAGACGAGCCCGACCUGGAGUCCAUGGACGGGUGCUUCCCCACCGAGACCUUUAGACCAGAGCCGGCCUUGAAUCGACAACUAUCAAAAAAGGGACGAAACAAACUUGACAACUCAGCAACUGAAGCGACUGUAGCUGGAACUAGAGCGGGGCAUUUGGCUACCAGCGAAACUGGACAGAUGCCAGACAGUGAGGCUGAAUCGUUUGCAAUUUCGCAGCCAUCUGAGAAUCCUUCUACGGAAUCUGCAACACCCGACAAGGCUGCCGCUGGCAAGAACAAGAUGGCCAGCUCCUUCAAAUUGUUGGCAUACGAUUCCUCGUCUGACAAAGUCCAUAUGGCUGACGCCACUUCGGAAUUGCCUCAGUCAACAUCUCCUCAGGCCGCCACUGAUCUUAUUCUCAACUUGAACAAUGCUGCCAAAUUCUUCCCACACAUUUCCAGUCUCCAAAGCCGCGGAUAUGAAUUAGUAUCAGGAAACAAAGAUGUCCUCGUACUCCAAAAAGUGCGAGAAGCAUCUACGAGUGCCGAAGGAGAAAGUCCAGCUGGAACAGCACCCCAUCAUCGUGUGAACCCAAUUGACAUGAUGGGUCGGUCUGUAACGGGAAAUUUCGCAAGUCCAACUGGUUUCGUCAAUUACGAUACUGUGUUCGAGCCUGUGUCAAAGAAUCCAACGUCGACUCACCAAGCCGAGCCUAACACUUACCAAGAAGAGAAAGAAACUAGGAAGCAGGAAGAACGGGGAAAUCGUAAGAAGAGAGGUAUUGGGAAAAGGGCCAUCGUGGGCGUGGUAUGGAUUGCUGGAGUCUCAUAUGCAGUUGGAGCCGUUGCAGAAUCCCUCACAAGAAGAGCUCCUUUGUCCGAAAGAACGCACCCAUCGGCUGCUGGGCCUGUCACCAACACAAGGACUGGUUGA